UCAACAAAGCCGGACUGUAUCGAAAGGAAUUUGACUUUCUUUUCAUUAUUAAAUUCCUUACCUGAACAUGAAUUGUUCAGGAAGAAAAAAAAUUCAAAGCGAUAAUAAAUGUGUUAUGAACUUUUGAAAAAAGUAAAUUGUUUUCAAUUUGUGUGCUAUCAGUUUUAAAGAUUCAUAUGUGUGGUACGUUAUCAUCAUUUAGUUGGGGUGAUGCAAAAUAUUGAUUUUUCCCAUUCAUACUCUUGUCGAACGAAAGAUAGAAUAACUAUACAGACUAUGAAUAACUAGUGUGAUGGCAAAAAAUCUUUCGAGUGCUAAAACUGUCUAUAAUGACUAAAACAUUUCGAUUAAGUUUGAUAAAAUUGUGUGUGUGUGUGUGUUUAUGUGAUAUUUAAAACAAAACCAAACCAAGCAAAACAAACGAAUUUAAAGAAAAUUUCAAAAAAUGGCGGUCAUGCUAAACAAUACACAAACAGACAGCGAUGCAAAUGAGAUGAAUUUUACCGCUUUCACCGAUCUAUGUCGAUUCUGUUCAUUAAGACACGGAGCCAAAAUUAAUUUAUUUGAAAAAGAAGCCGAACAACGACAAAUACUCUACAAAGUGCGCUCAUUUCUUCCAAUAGCGAUAUCCAAAGACGACUUUCUUCCGAAGAAAAUUUGCGAACGAUGCGUUUUGCGAUUGGAACAGUUUUAUGAAUGGAAAGCGAUAUGUGUACAGAGUGAUACAGUGCUUCGAAACUAUUCGGAAUCAAUGCGAGCCGUUACAGCAACAAUUAAUUUUACGAACGGAACUGUUAACGUUGAGAAAAUGACUACAGAGCAAAAAAAUUCAUACUUAGAAGCGCAUAUGGAAGUUCAACAGCACAUGCAUCAUGUAUCAAUACAAUUGAAUAAGCAUGCACAAAACCAUUCCACAGCCAACAAUCAAAGUAUGGUGAAUAAUCAAAAUCACAGCGGAUCACAUCCAAGCAAUUCGGUUAAUAUUUCAAAUCCAUAUUUAAAUACGAAUCCAAUAAAGGGACCACAAAUACCAACACCAACAACUGCAUCGUCCGUUGUAGAGAACACAUUUACCGUUCCUGAUGAUGUUGGAAUGGGCUAUGAAAGUGGAGUUCGGGUCUUACAAAGUCUGGGCAAUUGGUCGCCCUCUGACAUUCCGCCGAAUGUUCCGCGACCGAAUCUAAUACCGUUCAUUGAACCAUAUAUCGAAGGCGGUUCGAUGCAUCCAGCCAGCCGACUUAAGGCACUACAACAAGUUCAACAAGCAUCACAAAAUACACGAAAACCAGCCAAAACAUCAUCAACGAAAGCUUUUGAGUGUACAGUGUGUGGCAAAGCGUUAGCUAGAAAAGAUAAAUUGACAAUUCACAUGCGAAUUCACACCGGAGAGAAGCCCUAUAUUUGCGAGGUUUGCGAUAAGGCUUUCGCUCGUCGGGAUAAAUUAGUUAUUCACAUGAACAAAUUCAAACAUGUCACACCGACAAAUAUAGCUCCGCUAGGAAAAAGACUGAAUAAUUUGAAUUCAGAAGAUGUAAAAAAGAAACCUGGAAAUAAUGAAAAUAAACAGAAUUUAAUGCAUACACAUUUGCAUCAAGAAUCGGCAUCAAAUAAUCUUCUUCAUGGAGGCAUGCACAAUCAGCAACCGAUAAACCAACAAAGUAGUAAUGCCUCAAUUCAAAAUCAUGGCACGAAUCAGCCGCUAUCAUGGUCAUGUGAACUAUGUGGAAGGAUGUUUGCGACACGAGACGAAUGGUCGAUUCACGCAAAGAGCCAUUUGGAGUAUUGACAUGAGGGAAAAAGUAGCUUGUCGAUAGCAGAAGCUACGAAGU